GUUAGCGUUCAUUUCCGCUAGAAGAUUGAAGAAUAAGUACAGACCAGACGAUGAAAGUUGAUAAUAAGCGUCUCCUCACUCAUAUGAUAUUAAGUUGAUGUAACUAAUUGGAUUUACUUACAGAAACUUGCCACCUUUAGCCAGUCACCAUGUCUAACUAUCCCCCGAUGGGUACAAACUAUUUUGAUGAUACCCGAGGCAGUACUAACCGCCUGGAGUCUGCCUCAGAGCUCGGAAGUGCAUAUGAGCUUCGGCGCCUUGGAGACUCGCGGUACACAUCCCAAGCCAGCAUGACUAUGUCGUUGUACGGAAGUCGGAGUAUUCUGUCCAUGUACACGCCCUCCCAGGCAUCCUACAUUCUCCCAGUUGUAACAGAUGCACCAGAUCCGAUAAAAAAACCAGCAGACAACUGGGGGUUUGCCUGUUGUUCGGUGUUUGUGAAUCCUCUAUUUGGCCUCAUCGCUGUAUUAUUAGCUGAAAUGUCGAAGGAUUAUUUCAAUCGCUGUAAAUAUAUCCAAGCCUCGAAGUACGGAUCUUACGCUAAAGGUGCAGCAGCGGGUGGCAUAGCGUCAACAAUUAUUGUACUGGUUAUGAUCAUAGCUCAAGUGCUUCAAUACCAUAUGAAGUUUUACUACUGACCUCGAGGGCCUGCUUCUUCUUAUCUACAAUAUUUUUCAUAAUUUUUCUGAUUAAUGAGAGAUAAUUUGACAAUUCCUUCAAUUAUAACAUGAAGAAGGGUUUUAUAAACAGGAGUCUUUGGACUAGAGUUGUUUAUGAAAUAGCCCAGGUCUUCAAAAUAGGCCGUUUUCUGACAAGUCUUACAGUAUUUAAAGGAAUUUUAAGGUCAGUGGAAACAAAUUGAUGACCAGACUUGACUUUAUUAGACUACGCUGUUACUCUACAUAUACAUCUCAUUUUUAAACUUUGAAAAUUGUACAAUUUUAGUUUAUAUGUGGCUUUGACAUUAUGUCAGUAGCGAAACCAAAAAGUUUAAUUUGUACUCUAACUACCAUAUCUUCAUGUUUGUAGAAUGAAGUUUGAUAAGUUUCUCAGCUAGUCAAUUAUUUGUCUGUUUUCCUAUUCAAACAUAUUCUAAUAUUAUAAUCACAAAUUUAAUUAUGUAGAAUAUUUUAAAGAUUAAUCUUGAAAAUUAAAACAGUUUCUAUUUUGAAAAUACUUAAUACAUGAUUAUCAUGGCGCCAAAAGAUGAAUGAACUCAUUGUGAACUUUUAAACGUUUGGCCAUUGGGAAAAGUUAAUAUACAUGUUUUUCUUUCAAUUAUUAAGUCAUUUUAUUAUCUUUAUUAUACAUAUCACAUGUAAAUAGAUCAAAGUAUAUAUAUAUUUUUGUAUGACAAUGUAUAUAAUUGUUUAUGUGUAAUAGUAAUCCCAGACAUCAUCGUAUAUGCUAUUCCUUGUUUGUGUUUGUUAAUAUAUUUCUUGAAAACAUCAGUUUUGGACAUUUUUUUUCAUUCAAAACUCAUUGAAUUGUUGAUAAGAAAGCACAAUAUGUUGUCAUUUGAAGUGCUAUUUUUUAUUGGUGAAGUUAUUGACAAAAAUUGUAAGAAUAAUGACAAAUAUUCUACAAGAAAAAUUCUUCCAGUUCAAGUUUAUAAUUUUU